GUUGAACCAAGUAUAUAGAGGUCCGAAUGACUGCUCGGUGCCGCGCAGGACAAGGCAGGACAUGAGCUGUACAGCAACACGACAGGAUCGGCUCCUGUAAGCAGAGUGAACGCUCAGUUGGGAGAUGAAGUUUUGGGGUGGAAGCAGGUGGAAGCCCUGUCUUGACAACGUUGUGAGUUUGUGUACGGGUCUUCCUUCCUGAGCCAAAUAUGGUCGGCCGCAAGAGCAAGCCGCGCUGGUGUGGAUAGCGCCGAGCAGCCUCUCCCUGUCGCAUUCUUGUAAAUCGCCUGUGUGGGUAUCGAUAUGCAUGCAUACAGUCGGCGAACAUGGCCAGCGGGAAUGUUAAUGAGAUUUGGGGAUGAUUGAUGGACAUUUGGUAUUUUUUUGCGAGCGGCAUGCAGUGGUGCCGAAGGGAUGUCUUUCGGCGUAUCGCCUGUGUGGAGCGUGUUCCACUAAUUGGCGGGUCCAGUGAUCCGGAGGAGCUUGCCUUGGCCAAAGCCGUCUUCCGUUGGUAUAUAUUCCCCGUUUUUGUUUUCGUCUUCGUCUCGUCUUCCUCCCUGCCACCGAACCUCACCAAACGCUCGAAAUACCCUCUCCCUUUUACCGUCUGCCGUCUGCUGGCUGGAUAAUUACCUCAAUUCUCCCCCCUACCUCCCUCCCUCAUGCUUCAGUCACCUAUCAUGUCUAGCCCGGACCCAUCAUCCAACUCCGUCAUCGCCUCCUCCGUUCAAUCAGACAAGGACCCAUUCGUCCUAUACUCGCAAGCACUUCACACCUAUACCCUCAGGUUAUGGACGGAGUCAAGGAGACUAGCAGAGGAGAAGGCGAGAGAGAAACAACGGAGACGGGAGGAGCAAGCCCGGGCUCAACAAGGCGACGGCAAGCCUUACAACUCACAGUGAACGCACCGCCGCCACACUCCCUGGCGCCGCUCCCGCCGUGCCAUCAAUUCCCUUUCCGCUGAGCAGGCUAGCAGCAUUAGCAGCAUCACCACCUCGUUCAUACGAUCUACACGAAUCUCUCCAUCCACCCAUACGAAGUUGCAAACCGCCAGCUCGGUUGUAUUAUCAUCGAUACCCUUAAUCGGCAGCAGGUGAUGCACGCAGCAUAACAUUUCAACCCAUACCCACCUUCGUCGAUUGUCUGCAAGCUAUUCGUAAUAGCUAUCGUUGUCAUUUAGAGCAUUAUACAUACAUAACUUAUCCGCGCGCAGCCUUGGUUUGCCAUCGGUCAUCGAUCAUCAACAUAACAACUCCCUUCUGU